AUGCGCAUAGAGAUCUCCACUCAGGCCGUCCGAUGGAGACUACCGCCAGUUGGACACUUGAAGUUGAACGUCGAUGGAGCAGCUCGAGGGAACCCUGGACCUGCAGGAGGAGGAGACAUCCUACAGGAUCAUAGGGGGAGUAUUAUCCUUACCUUUUCUUAUUUUUAUAACAUUCAAACUAACACUGCAGUAGAAGCUAUGGCGAUACGUGACGGUUUGCUCCUCUGUGAGGAAUACAAUCUCCAUGAUAUCGUUGUAGAAUUUGAUUCAUGA